AUGUCUACAGAGUCAGAUCGCUCAGAAGCUCGCAAUGUGCAACCUCAAAACCACCUAAAUUCCAAUGAAGAUAUAAGUGGCACUGGAAUAAUAGAAGAAAUCAGCUCAGCUCCACCAACUUACGAGGAAGCCGUAACUUCUCGAGAUUUAGAGGACAAUAUACC